AUCUCGCGAGAUUGUUAUACUCGCCCGCUACUGAACAAUCGAGCUGUCAGAAUACAGUUGAUAACACAAAAAGCAGUUUAUGUUAGCGAGUUGUUUGGCUACGGGUGAAAGGAUUCCUUUGGUUGUUCAUUUAGCUAGCGUUUAAAACGGACUAAUAACUUGUCCACAAGGUCCAUCGUUAUUUCAGGUAUAUUUGUCACGUCUAACGUUUUGUCUACUCAUCCACCGGCCUCGUCCUUGCAACCUCAACAAUGGCUGAUCCCAAAUACGCCAAUUUGCCUGGAAUCGCGUCCAACGAGCCAGAUGUGUAUGAGACCAGUGACCUGCCAGAAGAUGAUCAGGCCCAGUUUGAGUCGUGUGUACAAGAGCUGGAAGAGCUGUGCAGUGACAGUGUGGAGAGGAUCGUGGUCAACCCCAACGCAGCCUACGACAAGUUCAAGGACAAGAGGGUCAACACUAAAGGCCUCGACUUCUCAGAUCGUAUCAGUAAGAACAAAAGAGUGGGCUAUGAGUCGGGAGAAUAUGAGAUUUUGGCGGAGGGCUGUGGGGUGAAGGAAACCCCCCAGCAGAAGUACCAGCGGCUGGUUAAUGAGAUCCAGGAGCUCAGUCAGGAGGUGGAGACCAUCCAGGCGACCACAAGGGACAGCAGUUCAGAGGAGCGUCUGACCCCUGUAGUCCUAGCUCAGCAGGCUGCCCAGCUCAAACAGCAGCUGGUCUCUGCCCACCUGGACUCACUGCUGGGACCACAGGCACAUAUUAACCUAGCUGAUCCAGAUGGAGCUCUGGCCAAACGCCUGUUAACCCAGCUGGAGGCAGUGAGGACCAGUAGGGGCAGUACAGGGGAGGGGAAGGCCCCAGCAGCUAAAGGUCCUGAUGGUGUGGUGUUGUAUGAGCUACACAGCCGGCCAGAGCAGGAGAAGUUCACAGACGCUGCCAAGAUGGCAGAGUUGGAGAAGCGCCUUGCAGAGCUGGAGACUGCUGUGGGUUCUGGAUCAGACAAACCGGGACCUCUGAGUGCUGGGGUGCAGGGAGGCAGUCUCAUGGUUCAGACAACCAUGAAGGAGAAUCUCUUGUCUGUAGAGGAGAACUUUGCAGCUCUGGACCAGAGAAUGAAGACUCUCAACAAAUAAAUCUUGUUUCUUU